CCCAAAGGAAGCAGAACGUCACCUGAUACCACAGUGAGUCCAGAAUCCCUGGCGUGGCGACGCAUCGGUAAACUAACUCUACGUAUCUGCCCCCUUAUGCCCCUGUGUCAUCGCCGCUCAUUUAAACUUUCGCCAUUCCUCUUGAUAGGAACCCAGAGGUCGCUAGUAGCGAUCCUUGUGACAGACCACGCAUCAAAAACCACCGCAUUGAUGGAGACCAUUCUAGAAUACCCGGCUUCUGCUGCUGACACCAACAUGUCCCCUUCCAGCAUUGAGUUUUUCAGAGCUCCCACCACCCAAAAGAGUUUUUGGAGACGCUUCCACCAGGAGAGUAGGAGGUGUAUCGGCCAGCCAGUUCGACGACCGGUGACAUGUCCCCGGAAGCUGGUAUAUCGGAAGCAAAUACAAAGGACAUUAUAAUUGCGUUAAUAGGACCGGUCGCUUCUGGGAAAAGUUCGGUGAGCUCCUCAUGAAAUGUGUAUAUUUACAUAACAUAAACCGACUUG